CAUAUUUGUUUUGCUUGUUUCUUUUGUGCCCCACAUACUUUUGCUGUAUCCCAAUCCCCACAACUGCUACAACUACUAUAGAAAAAGGGAAGUGAAAUGGUAUUGCAACAAAUUAAAAUGCUGUUGCUGGGCAUCAUAACGCUCUGCCGGCGUGCCCUCUGCUGUUUCUCACGUCGCCGCAAGCUCAGCCACGCCGGCAACGAUCAGCUGCAAGCGGUGAUGGUUGGCAACGACUUUGCCACCAACUCCUCCUCCCCCAACAACAACAGCAGCGGAAUCAGUGCCACGACAAACGCAAAUGGAGGGCGGGAGCGCGACUGGAACUCAUGGGAUGACAGUCCGCGCACCGUCGAAGAACACAUUGAACAGUAUCGCCAACGCAUGGCGCAACCGCCAACGCCGCCUAAAGAGGAGCCAGAGCCAGAUUUCUUUAGCGAGCUGACGCCGGACAUUAAGCCACAGCUAAAGUAUUAUCUGGGCGAUGCAGCAUCGGCGACGACUACGACGUCGCCAUCAGACUUCUCAAGACUGAAGGCAGACGACAUGGUGCCCAUAAGUGCGAAUGCUGAUCUUGAAGAUUGGGUGGAUGACAAUGCGGGCGGCUGGGAGGAGCUGGACACUUCGCAGACCAAGCACAUUAUACGUGAAAAGCGUCGUGAGAUGCGCCACCAGCGACAUCAGGCACAUGGACAGGGAACAGCGGCAGCCAAGACGCCGCAGCCAAGCAUUGGGGCGCAACGGAUCAGCGAUGUGCAGAGAAUGGCGUAGUUAAGAAAUGGCAAAAACGCAAUCGUAAUUUGAAUUUGAAUUGAAAUCCAAAUCCAUCUCUAUAUUCAUUCCAAUGCGUUUACACUAUGUAAUUAAUUCCUUUAAGAUUGGCGCUAAACAUCUUCUAGUUGACAAUUGGCCCCUUAGUUUAAUGACCCCGCCUGCGUUUCCCUCCACUUCCUCUUCCUAUUCCUCUCCCCGAGACACACAACACAAUGCAAGAUUUGUGCAAAAGUGGUUGGCCUCAAUAAAGUGGGCAGCCAAAAAGAUUA